CCCUUGGCAGUCUCAAAUCUGGGGAUCUCAUCAUGGCGCCGUCAUUCUACGACGUGCUGGAGGUGGCACCAUCGGCCUCCCUCGACGACAUCCGCAAGGCAUACCGAAAGCUGGUACGCGCGCACAACUGACCAUAUACACACGUUCCUUCAUACUCCUGUUCCUGGCUGGGGUGGGUGGCGCUGCCUGCAGGCCCUCAAGUGGCAUCCCGACAAGAACCCGAAGCGACGCCAGCAGGCCACCGAGAAGUUCAAGCAGAUCAGCGAGGCGUACGCCACCCUCUCUGACGAAACCAAGCGGCGACGAUACGACCUCGGGCAGAAGGAGCCGCCUCCGACAAGCACCACCAACCACACUAACACCGCCAACCCCUUCCGCACGUCGCACCCGUCCUUUGGCGAGCCCGAAGGAAUGCCGUCGGCUCCUCAGCCGCCCUGGGCACCGGGAGGCAUGAGGGGCGGUAGCAGGAUGGAGUGGACCUUCGGCAACGCGCAGCAUCCGUUCUUCAAAUCGGACUUCAGUUUCGCUGAUGCUGAGGCCAUCUUCCGGUGGGCUUUGCGUCUUGCCUUUCCGUCGGGUCCACUUCUGUUGACUUGGUUGUUCUACGUGUGCAGGGAGUUCUUCUGGGGCGAUCCGUUUGCUGACUUCUUCGAUGACAUGCGGGGCAUGGUCAACGCCAUGGAGGAGGGGGCAGCCCUCAAGAAGGGCAUGUAAGCCUCUUCCUUGCAGAAAGGAGUCUUGCUGUUGUCAUAUCUUUCCCUCCUUUCAUUCAUGCAGGUUUUCGUCUCCAUUUGCUGACAUGAUGGACCAAUUCACCGGCUGGCAGCCCUUCGGCAACCGCCGCUCGCCAGACCGACCGUCCCCCUUCCACGAGGGCGGCUGGCGGCGAUCGGCCCAAUACAACGCCGUCCCAUCAGAGGAUACUGAAGACCCCUCCUUCCACCAGCAAGAAACAGACGACGUUAACGCCCGCUUCCCACCUCCCAAAUCGACUCUAAGAGUCCCCAAACACAAAAGCACUACCACUAACAGCAGCGGCAGCAAAAAGAAGAGCGGCUCCUUCUUCGUCCCGGCCAACAACCAGAACAAACCGGGCAGCAACCGUGCGGAUGAGUACGGUGCGACGGAUGGCCUGAUGGGCGGUGGCAAGGGCGGCGCAGGUAGUGGCGAGAAGCAGAAGAUCAUCCGCAUCACGCGUGUGCGGUACGCUGACGGGCGAGAGGAGCGGACGAGGACGGAGGAGUUCGUGGAUGCGGGUGAGGGGGCGGGGUUCUCGCUCGCGGCGCCCUUUUUGAAGCGACCCUUCGGCAGUGGGUACACGAGCCUGUGAGUGAGGCAAGGAGACACACACAGGCAAGCAGGCAGGCAGGCAGACUUGACGACAGGCAGACGGUACAGGUGAUGGGCUAAAGGCAGCGUGUUGAUGAGACAUGUGGAUGGAUUGAUUGCCUGCAUGUGUGGGUGAGUGUGUUCUUGCGUGUGUGGGGGAGGGGUGUGGGAGCGAGCGGGUCGAUGUGGACUUGUGUUGUGCAUGGGGACUUCAACACGUGACCAUCUCGUCUGUUCAUCGGAAGACCAUUUUUGCAGUUAUGUGAUUGUUCUGUCU